AUAGUCUCAACCUGGAGAACAGGAUACGGGAGAGCACUUUGUACGCGAAGUUGAGCAACGUAAUGCCUCGAUAGUAACUACAAUCCAGUCGGCCCAUGUAACAUCUACAUGUAAAGAUAAAAUAGACUAAUUUUUCCAAGCAGGCCACGAUGUGUCAAAUCAUAUGCAAUAGACAUUUCGAUUAGGCAAAUAUCAAAUCGCCAAAAAUAUUCUUCUCGACCCUGCAUCUUCCAAAUUUAUUGUGAUGCGUGAAAUCAUUGCUCUACAUCUGGGACAGUGUGGUAACCGGAUUGCCGACAGCUUUUGGGAAACCAUUUGUGAAGAACACUGCCUGAACGAACGCGGACAGUUUGUUGGAAAGCACUUUUUGCCGCUGCAACGUAUCAACGUUUACUUCGAAGAAGCUCCCUGCUGUAAUUUUGUUCCUCGUGCGAUAUUCGCCGAUCUGGAGCCGGGUACUUUGAAUGGGCUGCGAUGUAGUCGCUUUGGAAAACUUUUUUCGCCGGAAAGUUUUGUGAGUGGAGUUCUCGGAGCGGGAAACAAUUGGGCCCGGGGAUAUCACACCGAAGGCGCUGAAAUGUUGGACCGCUUGAUGAACGUUACCAGGAAAAUGGUGGAGAGUUGUGACUGCUUCCAGGGAUUUCAGCUGGUGCAUUCCACUGGCGGAGGUACGGGAUCAGGACUGGGAACGCUUAUGAUGGAAAAUCUGAAAGACGAGUAUCCACGAAAAAUACUUAAUACAUUUAGUAUCAUUCCAUCUCCAAAGGUUUCAGAAGUUGUCGUCGAGCCGUAUAACGCAGUGUUCACAUUAAGUACAAUGAUCGACUGUACUGACGAAACAUUUUGCUUGGAUAAUGAAGCUUUGUAUGACAUUAGCAUGCAUACAUUGCGAAUUGAUAAACCUGUAUUAGAUGACUUGAAUCACCUCAUAUCAAUGGCUGUGUCGGGUAUCACCUGCAGUUUUCGUUAUCCGGGUCAGCUGAAUUCGGAUCUGCGGAAACUACUUACCAAUAUGGUACCGUAUCGAAAACUACAUUUUUUCGUUCCCGGAAUAGCUCCUUUGACAUCAAGGGAAAAUCAGUGCUACAAGCAGUUAUCCGUGCCAGAGUUGGUAUAUCAGAUAUUCGACGAACGGAACUUGAUGGCAGCAUGCAGUCCCACUAAGGGAAAGUACCUUACUGCUGCUGCAUUGUUUCGUGGUCGCGUCUCAACCCGUAACGUAGAGGAACAGAUGGUUAACAUCAAACAAAAAAACAGUAACUGUUUCAUUCCUUGGAUCCCGAAUAAUGUAAAGUCAGCUAUUUGUGAUAUCCCACCGCGAGGCUUGAAAAUGGCAGCAACGUUCAUAGCCAACACAACUGCUAUUACGCAGCUGUUCAACCGUUUGCUAGAUCAAUUUGGCAUCAUGUACCGAAGGAAGGCAUUUAUGCACUGGUAUACCGGAGAAGGUAUGGAAGAACGAGAGUUUAUUGAGUCUGAACAAAAACUUAGAGAUCUUGUUCAGGAGUAUGAAUCGCACGAGAUGGGCAACGAAUCAGCGAGAUCUGGCAGCAUCAAUAAUGUUUAACCAAGCUUCGUUACUCACGUGUCACAAAAGUAAUUCAAUUUCAAAUACUAGUUUAGAAUGUUG